GAAACCAGUCUGAGCAAAGUACAUGAGCACAAGUACUGCUACUGCUACUGCAACUACAACAACUAUUACAUCAGUGACUGUACCUGCUGCUGGACACAAACAUGUCGCAUGUCCGUUCUCCCAGUAAAGUUCUCUCUGAGGACCAGUUCACCUGCUCCAUUUGUCUGGAGAUCUUCGUGGAGCCCGUGUCCACCCCGUGCGGACACAGUUUCUGUAAGGCGUGUCUUCAGGGCUACUGGAACCACAGCAAGAAGCUCCUGUGCCCCAUGUGCAAGAAGAGCUACUCCAAGAAGCCCGAGAUGAGCGUGAACCGCGUCCUCGCCGAGAUCUCCAGCCAGUUCCAGGGGCUGAUGGCGGCGGAGGCGUCCGGGGGAGGGGCCUCGAAGUCGGGAACGUUGACCCGCGGCCACGGCCCCGCCUCCCCCGCGCCGGUCCAGGACAGCGGGGAGUUCGCGGGGCCCGGGGACAUCCAGUGCGACGCCUGCAUCGGGAGGAAGCUGAAGGCCGUCAAGUCCUGCAUCAACUGUCCCGGGUCGUUCUGCGAGGACCAUCUGAGGCAUCACAAGAAGGUGAAGACUCUGAUGUCGCACCGCCUCAUCGAGCCGACCUUUAACCUCGAGGAUAAGAUCUGUAAGAAACACGAGCGUUUACUGGACGUUUACUGUCGCACUGACCACGUCUGCAUCUGCUCCGCCUGCGCAGACGCCACCCACAAGUCACAUGACAUCGUCUCCACCGACCACGAGUUCAAGAAGAAAAUGAGUCACGUCGGAAAAAAGAAAUCAGAGAUAAAACAUCUGAUCAAAGAAAGAACCAAGAAACUGGACGAGAUCAAACAGACCAUCAAAGUCAUCAAGGCCAGCGCGCAGAAGGAGCUGGAGGAGAGCUGGGCGGUGUACGCGGAGCUGCAGAGGCUGGUGGAGCAGAGCCAGGCGGAGGUGGUGGAGCUCAUCGCCUCCAGACAGAGAGCGGCCGAAAGACACGCCCAAGAACUGAGCCGCGGCCUGGAGAGCGAGCUGAGCCAACUGAGGAGGCGGAGCAGCGAGAUGGACGCGCUCGCUCAGACGCAGGACAGAGUCAUGUUUCUACAGCUCCUGUCCACGCUCCCGCCGCUGCCCGAGCCGUUCGAUUGGUCAGCGGUGUCUGUGAACACAGAGCUGUACCUGGGCACCAUCCGAGCCUCCGUCAGCGGAAUGAUCGACAAGUGCAACGAAGAGCUCAAGAAACUCUACAGCAAAGAGCUGCGCAAACUGCAGAACUAUGCGAGUGAGGUGUACCUUGACCCCUCCACGGCGCAGAAGAACCUGGUGGUGUCUGAAGACGGCCGCCAGGUGAAGUACGACGAGCACAAGACGUCGCACACGGACAUGCCCAAGCGCUUUAGCCCCGCCCUCUUCGUGCUGGCGAGGGAGGGGCUGAGCUCGGGCCGCCACUACUGGGAGGUGGACGUCUCCCGUAAAGACGCGUGGACCAUCGGCGUCGCUCGCGGGUCGUCUCGUCGUAAAGGAGACAUCAAGCUGAGUCCGGAGGGAGGGUUUUGGUGCCUUUGGCUGAAGAACGGAGAAGUGAAGGCCCUGGCGACCGUGCGUCUGCCGCUCCACCUGUCGAGCGCGCCCGCCAAAGUGGGCGUGUACCUGGACUACGACGGAGGGCAGGUGUCGUUCUAUGACGUGAAGGCGCGUUUGCAUCUCUACACCUUCACAGACACGUUCAGUGAGAGUCUGUUCCCCAUUUUCAGCCCCUGUCUCAGCCACGACGGGAAGAACUCGGCGCCGCUCGUCAUAACUAACAUCAAACAUACCUAAAGGUCAAGGGUCAAGUUUAGGAUUGAAAUGAAAAGCCACUAAACAAAUAAGCAAACAGAACAAAACUAGCAUCAUUUUAGAGUUAUUUAUUUCAACAAUCCAAGUGGCAAAUUCCUAAUGUCACCUACCCCCUAUCCCCGCCCACUUCUCCUUUUCACAGGAAAUGAAGGAAAAUAUGUAGAUUAUUUUUACCAUUUUACUUCAACCCUGAAGUUUACAAUGAAAAUAAUGUAAAAUGAAGAUGAGACGUUAUAGUUUAAUGUAAAUAAAUGUUUGUAGAUUUAAGUCGUGUCUUUAGUGGAGACACUGGAUCCACUUUGAGAAGUUUAUAAAACACAAUCAUCCAUUACAAAGAGCUAAUGCUAAAGCUAACGGGGGCAGGGCUACGGCUGGAGGUUUCGCUCGGGCACAAAAAAAAAAACAAAAAAAAACUUGGACAAUGUGCGAGGAGUAAAAAUAACUGAAGGAGUUUGAAGGAUCAAGUUUCAUCUCGGCCAAAACAAAAUGUAAAACGAUGAAGAGACAUUUUUGCUCUGAGAGUUUAAAUGUGGUUUAAUAUGUGCCAUGUAAAUAUGACGUGUUUAAAGUUUAAUUUGUUUUAUUUAUGUUCCAGAGACAUUUGUAAAAACUGAACUCGCUGGUGGAGGAUUUGUCUGUUCACUGACCACAGGCUCCAGUCUAUUUUUUAUCAGAAUAUUUUGUAACUUUGUAAUUGUUUAAAUUUGUUUAAUUGAAAAACAACAUUAGUAAAAAUAAAAAAUAUCAAUAUC